UCCAAUGCAGUGUUGCAUGCCGGCAGACAAACACUCAUCCACCAACAAAGUUGCAGCCGCAAGUGAAGCUGUUGAAAGCGCUACCCUACCUGCGCAGCGCCACCGGAUCUCUGAGAUCUCAAAUUCCCCGCACAACGUGGAGCAGUCACAUUGCCAGCAAAGCACACGCGAAAGUGUUUCUCAGCACCACCUCACAAGCAACCGCCGCUGCAGCCGCAUCACCACCCACUCAACCUCAAGGUUCGCCAGUCACCUGGGGCACCAAGAAGCAAAAGCGAAAGGUUAACUUGAGAUCCGCCGCUGCCGAGUUCAUAAUGUCGAAUCCCGAGAUCGAAGCUCAGCUGGCUCCUCUGCGGGAGCGAGUCCAGGAGCAAGGAAACUUGGUGAGGGACCUUAAGGCCAAGGGAGCACCCGAGCUUGACGUAAAAAAGGCCGUGGCUGAGCUGAAGGCCCGGAAGAAGGUUUUGGAGGAAAAGGAGCUCGCCCUGACCCCCAGUGUGGUCAGCUUCGAUCGCGCAAAGAUGGAGGACCUUCUGAAGCGUCGAUUCUUCUACGACCAGAGCUUCGCCAUUUACGGCGGCAUCACCGGUCAGUACGACUUUGGUCCGAUGGGCUGCGCCCUGAAAUCCAACAUCCUGGCCCUGUGGCGACAGUACUUCGCUCUCGAGGAGCAAAUGCUGGAGGUGGACUGCUCAAUUUUGACGCCGGAACCCGUUUUGAAGGCCUCUGGACAUGUGGAGCGCUUCGCUGACUUGAUGGUUAAGGAUGUGAAAACCGGCGAGUGCUUCCGUCUGGAUCAUCUCAUCAAGCAGGCGCUGGAGAAGCUGUCGAAGGCCAAGGAGGCCACGCCCGCCUUGCAAGCCGAGUGCGAGGAUAUCAUCAUCAAGCUUGACGGCCUCAACAAGCAGGAGCUGGCCGAUGUCCUGGCCAAGUACAACAUCAAGUCGCCUCUGACCGGCAACGACUUGACCGAGCCAAUCGAGUUCAACCUGAUGUUUGCGACGCAAAUUGGACCCACUGGCCUGGUCAAGGGAUUCCUGCGACCGGAAACGGCUCAGGGUAUCUUUGUGAACUUCAAGAGACUGUUGGAGUUCAACCAGGGCAAGCUGCCGUUCGCCGUUGCCCAAAUCGGAAAUUCUUUCCGAAAUGAAAUCUCUCCAAGAUCUGGCCUGAUUCGCGUGCGUGAGUUCACCAUGGCGGAGAUCGAGCACUUCUGCGAUCCCGUGCAUAAGGAUCACCCCAAGUUUGGCAACAUUAAAUCCGAAAAGAUGACCCUGUAUUCCGCCUGCAACCAGAUGGACGGAAAGUCUGCCUCUCAGGUGGAAAUCGGCGAAGCUGUCGCCACCAAACUGGUGGCCAACGAAACUCUCGGCUACUACAUGGCCCGCAUCCAGCAGUUCCUGCUUGCCAUUGGCAUCAAGUCGGAGUGCCUGCGAUUCCGUCAGCACAUGUCCAACGAGAUGGCCCACUACGCCUGUGAUUGCUGGGAUGCCGAGAUCCUCACCUCCUACGGUUGGGUGGAGUGCGUGGGUUGUGCCGACCGCAGUGCCUACGAUCUGGGCCAGCACACGGCGGCCACCGGUGUUCGUUUGGUGGCGGAGAAGCGGCUGCCAGCUCCCAAGACAGUGGAGGUCAGCGAAAUCGUGCCCAACAAACAAGCCUUGGGAAAAACUUUCAAAAAGGAGGCGAAGAACAUUACCGACGCUCUGGCUAAGCUUUCCCUGGAGGAAAUCGGCAAAGUGGAGCAGCAACUGGCUGGAGAUGGAUUGUACAAGCUGACCCUGACCGACGGCCAGACCCACGAGCUGGGUAAGGACACCAUCAGCGUGAAGCACUCCUCGAAGACGGUUCACGUGGAGGAGUUCAUCCCCAGCGUGGUGGAACCUUCGUUUGGCAUUGGUCGCAUUAUGUACGCGUUGCUGGAGCACAGCUUCCAGUGCCGCGAUGGCGACGAGCAGCGCUGCUACUUCACCCUGCCCUCGCUGGUGGCGCCCAUCAAGUGCUCCAUCCUCCCGCUGUCCAAUAACGCUGACUUCCAGCCCUACACCCAGAAGCUUUCCUCGGCGCUGACCAAGGCGGAGCUCUCUCACAAGGUGGACGACUCCAGCGGCUCCAUUGGCAGGCGGUAUGCCCGCACGGACGAGAUUGCCAUUCCCUAUGGCAUCACUGUUGACUUUGACACCCUGAAGGAACCCCACACAGUCACCCUGAGGGAUCGCAACACAAUGAAACAGGUGCGCGUGGGUCUUGAGGAGGUUGUGGGCGUGGUCAAGGACUUGUCCACGGCGCGAACCUCUUGGGAGCAGGUGACACAGAAGUAUCCCCUCUUCGAGCAGCAGGAGGCCACCAAGUAACGUGGUCACCAAUGAGAUUCCUACGCCUGACACGCAUUUACGGAGUUGCAGAUUUUUCUAGAAUUUUAUACUUAUGCCUAAAGUUGAAUAAACAUGGAACUAUUAAUGCUUUGCACGCUGAACAA